AAUAAUAAUAAAUUAAUAAUAAUAAUAAAUUAAUAAUAAUAAUAAUAAUAAACGAUAAUAUAAUAUUAUAAAGUUGUGUUUGUUAUUCGAUGCCUUUACCGAAAUUAAUUUGGAGAUUAUAUAUCCACGUUCAAAACAAAGCUAAAUUUUUUUCCCAGUAGUUGGCAAUUCCGCAAAACAUUCGCGUAACUUACGUGUACCUUUCGCGAACAACGCUGAAAAUUCUUAUUGUGGAUACAGCCUAAUAGAUAAUUAUAGGCGGAUAAAAUACGUAUUUUAUCUGUGUAAAAAAUAAAGUAUUUUACGUCAAAAGCCUCGAGCCUAUUGUGCGUUGGCCUUAUGUUACUAGUAACGAAGCAGAAUGUUGGUAUCAGUGGAGAAGUUUUGAUGAGAAGUUCGUUUUUGUAUUUUCGAACCUGUGGAAUCCAGCGUUCUUGUUUCCUGCUUCUAGCUUUAUUCGUCUCGUGUUCCUGUAAGUGUUAAAGGUUUUUGAAUUUGAAGAAAAUGACUGGAGUGGAGAAAGUAGUUGAGAAAGAAGCCAUCGGUUAUGAAAGUUACAUAGAGUCAUCUCAAGAUGAAAGUAUGGAAAUUACAACGGAGAUAUCGUUCAACGACGAAAAUUUUGAAAAUCAAAAAAAAAAGAGGGAGGCCGAGCAAAGCUCAACGCAAACUGGAUGCUGAUAGAAAGAAAGCGGAGGAAGAAGAGUUAAGAAAUAAAAAACUUGAGAAAGCCCAAAUGGAUUUGCACAAUCACGCCGAGCAAAUCAAAAUGGUGAAGCAGCAAUGCGUAAUUGCUGAAGGGCAACAUGCCAUGCUUCGAAAUGCGCUGAAUCCGAAAGGACAAGUCCCCUACAUCUAGCAGCCACUUUUGCUGCAAACUGUGCCAUCCAAUCUUUUGGUACAGCAGCUGCAACAGCAACUGCAUAAUAUGAAGGAGAGACAAAAAACAUUUGAAGCUGAGGCACAAAUUCAACAGCAGCAGCAAACAUCAAAUGAAACUAAUUCAUCGGAAAGCAAUGAGGUUUUGCAUCAAAUUCUUGAAAAAAUGAACAAUAUUGAGAAAAGGCAAGAAAUAUUAGAAAAAAAACUCGAAUCCAAACAAGAACAACCGCCAUCAUCAAAAUUUAAAGAAAUAGUCUCAACUUUAACCAAAUCAGGAUCGAAUCAGGCUUCUGAAAAAGAAGAUGCUCCAGCCCAAAACAAGUUACGGGAUACAUCUUCACGUGGCAACUCAAGGGGUAAUUCAUCGAAGAAUAACUCACGCGGCAGAUUUUCACGAGGAAUGUCUUCACGGGCUAAUUAUUCUCAAGGAAACUCUUCACGGGGCAAUUUUUAUAGACCAUACAAACGGAAUAACCAUCAAAGCUACCGAAAUUACAGUAUGGAUAAUUAUGGUCAUCGUGGAGGUUGUGCUCGUGGUAGUUGUCAGGACAGUUGCAACAAGUGCUCUCGCCAUAAUCAACAUAGUUGUAAAUUCUGCAACUGCCGUAGUAACCACUGCCAUUAUUAGCAAAAAAAAAAUUUGUGAUAAUGUCACCUUAAUCUCAAACCUUGAAAUCCUACUUUUAAUGUAAAAAUAGCAGUUGCAAUAAAUUAAUAUUUUUCAAGAA